GCUUGUCAGUCGAAGGUGCAAGAUGAAGUUGCUUUGCUUUUGUUUGCUUCUUCUCCUGCUUCAGCCAAGAUCGUUGGCCAAACGUUACUUGAAUAUAGAAGAGGCUGAAGGUCGGCUUGAAGGUCGCAUUGCAGGCGGUCAAAAUGCGGAGAUUGGUUUUGCCAAAUAUCAAGUCUCCCUUCAACCCGUAUUGGGAUAUCACAAUUGUGGAGGAGCCAUCCUAAAUGAACAAUGGAUUAUUACGGCCGGACAUUGUGUCAUCCAAUUUCCGCCCGAGUUUAUUGUCGUGGUCACAGGCACCAAUCGCUAUAUGGAACCGGAUGGCGUCUAUUAUACCUUGGAGAAGCAUAUCCAUUGUCUGUACGAUAAACCUUAUAUGCACAAUGAUAUUGCACUCUUAAAACUCACUGAGAAAAUUACUUUUAAUGAGCUGACACAACCGAUUCCCCUGCCUGUAGCUCCGUUGCGGGAGGGGGAUAAAAUUGUGCUCACCGGCUGGGGAGCUGAAUUGCCCAAUGGAGAUGCCAACGAUAAUCUGCAGAAGCUCGACUUGGACUUUGUUAAACUGAACGAUUGCAUCGAUAUAUUCAAUCAGACCAGCAGUCUGGGCAUCGGACAUAUUUGCACCUUCUCCAAGGAGGGCGAGGGCGCCUGUCAUGGCGAUUCGGGGGGUCCCCUGGCGAGCAAUGGCCGCCUUGUUGGCCUGGUCAAUUGGGGCAGGCCGUGUGCCAAAGGAUUCCCAGAUGUGCAGGCCAAUGUGUAUUAUUACCUCGACUGGAUUAGAAGUGUCAUGAGCGGCAAUUCCAAGUGCAGCACAUGACUCUAACUACUUAUAAAAUUUUAAUAAUAACAAUAAAGAAAUGUUAUUCUUACCA